UCGUCAAGUGUUGUAUAUGAGACUAUACCCCGUAACCGUAAAGCGAAAGUGACCAGUUUAGCUUAAAGUUAAAGUUAAAAAUAUUAAUUGUUUACGACCGAUCGCGCGAUCGCCGCAGUGCAUGUGCACCGGAGCGAUACCUCGCCGGACUAGCCCCGCCUACGCGCAGGAGCAGGACAUUCACCAUAAUUGCUCUCCCGCUUGCGCGCGCGCCUAAGUGCUUCUUUACGCGCUAAGCUUACGCACCAAUUAUCCGCUGGCCCAGUGCUUAUCGACGUGUGUGCAACCGAUCUUUGGGCUGCGUACAAUGCCGCGCGUUCAACGCUCGCCUACGGCUUCGUCUUCAGUGAACACCAGUGUACUGCAAGCCAAAUCAGACUCAGAUAUACCUGCAGCGGUUUCGAAUAGCCCGGUCAGUAAUAUCAACACUGCGUCGCGUCAGGGCAAACGCCCUUGCCCUGAAUUCUCGCCUGCUAAUGAACUUCAAGACAUAAAACACGAAAUAAUACAAAUGCUAUCCUCGUGGAAGAGAGAACAAGAGGAGCGGCUUACAAACUUUAUCAGCCAGCAAAAUACCUCCCUUUCUAAGUUGGUUUCCGAUAUAGCAGAUCUAAAACAACAGAAUCUUGAGAUCCAAAAAUCAAAUGGUGAAAUAGAGAAAGCUAUAACAUUUAUCACGGAGCAGUACGAUGACAUGAUGAAGAAAAUUGAUAGUUUACAAAAAGAAAACCAACUUCAUAAAGACCGUAUUAUACAUUUGGAAUAUAAGAUUCAGGACAUCCAACAGCUUUCCCGUUCAUCAUGCGUCGAGAUACGUAACGUGCCUGCCGUGGUGAAUGAGUCAGUGUAUGACCUAGCCACGAUUAUCAGCAAAGUUGGUGCAGCAGUCGAUAUGACUCUCAAUCAUACCGAGCUACGAGAUGCGUACCGCUUACCCGGAAAACCAGGAACCAUCAGACCUAUUGUUGCAGAGUUUGUAAAUGUUCAGGUCAAAAACAAGCUGAUCACGAGUGUACGUGACUUUAAUAAAACCCAUCCGAACGAUGAUCGCCUUAAUACUAAAUGCAUUGGCUUACCUGGAGAUCGACGCCCAGUAUAUGUUGCCGAAUAUCUUCCUGCUACUUCCAGAAAACUGUUCUACGAGGCAAGAGAAUUUGCGAAACAAAAAUUGUACAAGUUUUGCUGGACGGCGAAUGGCAACAUUUUCUUACGGAAAUCUGAAGGAUCCAAACAAAUACUUGUCAGAUCUACGGAAACUCUGCGGAAUCUACAAUUAGAUAUAAAGCAGUGACUAAUUUAUAGCUUAAUUCUGUUAUCCACGAACCAUUACUAUAUUUGUCUAAAAGUUACUCAUAUUCAUCUAUCAAAACGUAAGUGCUUAUUUCAUUAUAAAAUCCAUAUAAACUGUAUUAAUAAUCAUUACCUGUUGCUCACAUCUCUUGUAUUAUCAUGUAUAACAAUAAUAUCAAUGAACCAAACAACUUUCCAACAUAAUUUACACUCGCAUCUUUUUACACUAAUUGAACCUCAGACCCCAGUACGAGUACAUACUGUUACUGCAACUUUUGCAGAAACAAUUUGCUAUACUUAUAUUUCAAUUAAAACUACAUAUCCGUAUCGAUUUUGCCAAGUUUAUUGUGUAGAUUAUGUGAAUAGCCUGUGGCACUACUCAUUGCGUCAUAUGUAUACUAAUACACCACACAAAGUCUUCUGAUGGCUAAUGUUACACAAGUUAUUGAUGACAUUGAUCGCACCGCCUUUACAAUGAGUCUAAAACUUUCUUCUGUUGAUGACUGUAAUAUGCACUUGGGGGGUGACGUGGGAGGUCAAUACUCGGUUGUGGUCCAAAAUAUACGAAGCAUCAAUAAGAAUUUUGACAAUUUUUCUGUUCUUUUGAGUCGGCUGAAUUUUUCGCCAGACAUAAUUGUUUUGACCGAAUGUUGGCUUGAUGACACAUGCACCUGUUUUGAAAUUAAUAACUAUGAUUAUCACUGUUCCAAAAACUAUCUAAACCAAAAUGAUGGAAUAGUCGUAUAUACCAAAACAACUCUGCAAGCCUCUGUGGUGGAACCAUCCUUUAAAGACUCGAACUGUUUGAUUGUCAAUAUCAGAGAUGAACUAUCGCUCAUUGCUAUAUACAGGUCUCCAUCUUUCUAUAACAUAAAUAACUUUUGCGAAUCAUUAACAAAGCUCAUGGAGACUUCUAAGGCUACGACAUGUGCGAUUGUAGGGGAUCUGAACAUUGACAUUAAACCAGAUUGUACUGACUGUCGCGCCACCGAGUACCUGGACUUAACCGGCCACUAUGGGUAUUUUCCAGGACACACUUUGCCUACGAGAGGUGAUAACUGCCUAGAUCAUGUUAUGCUAAAAACGCAAAAGUCAGCUACCGUUAUAGUAUGUGACACGGGCAUAACAGAUCACGAGACAGUUAUCCUAGGCAUUCAAAAUAAAUCGGCUAGGACCAGAGUAGAAAAACGACACAUGCGCAUUGACUACAUAAAAUUAAAAACCGAUAUUGAAAACUUGCCUUGGGAAUGGCUUAGUGAGCAGAAAGAUGUCACAACGGCAUUCCAAAUGUUUGUCGAAAUCCUCUCAGCCAAAAUUAAACAACAUACCACUAACCGCGUUUGCCAUAGCUCAGAGGCUAUUAUCAAGCCAUGGAUUACUAAAAGCCUUUUAAAGUGUAUAAGACGACGAGACUUAAUGCACAUUAAUGCAAAGAAAAAAGAAAAUCGUGAUAAUCUAGUCAUUCAACAUGAAUAUAAGAAGUAUCGAAAUCACUGUAACAAUUUAUUAAAAAAUCUAAAACAAGAACAUGACCGUAAACUGCUUAUGGAAACUAAAGGAGACUGUAAAAAGCUAUGGCACGAAGUUAAAAAGAUAUGUAAUAUUAAAAAUAAAAAAUCUGAAAAGUCUGAGCUUUUGACAUGUAGUGAAAACCCUGUGACCACUUUAAA